CGGUCGCCGGCCUGCACAGCCUGGGCCGCAGCCGGAGGCCUAGGGCCGCUCCCUGCCCCCCGCUCACUUCACCGCGCUCUCCAGCCGGUCCUCGGGGGAUUUCGCUCCUCGCUCCUCGCUGGCGUGUUCUCUCCCUUGGCCUCACCCCUGGCUGUCCUGUCGCCCUGGCCAGACCAUUCAGCCGGCUCGCUCCCGAUCCUCUCUCCCUCCCCCUGUGCCUGCAUUCCUCCACUAGGCUCCUUACCUCACCGUGGAGCCCAGGAGCCCAUGCACCGCCCUGGCACUUCCUCACCUGUCAUUAUCACUUACUGUCUCAAGGAUUCCCAACUCCCUGCUCUGAUCCAUCACCCCUCUUCCCUCCCACUCCCCUCUGCCCCUUGCCACACUCCUUUCCACCUGUUCCCAGUACCUCUCACUGGUCUCCCUUACCUCUCCUUACCUGGGCUCCCAGAUUCCCACACACACACACACACACACACACACACACGGCACACACCUUGCACAGGUACUCAUCCUUACGUUGUCAUACCACGAUGAGCCCCCAGUUGCUAGCUAUGCAGCCCCCGCUGUCCGGCACACAUCCACGCACAUGUACACACACGCACACACAUCACUGGCCCUGCACGCACGCUCGUGAAAGUGAUGAAUGGGAACCUCCUCCACAUGCCCUCCCCCUGGCUGUGAACCCAGGGGCCUGAGGGGGUUGUUACGGGGCAGCCAGGGCUCUCCUUGUGUGCGCGGUCCUCUGAGGCAGACGGGGGAGGACAGGGAGAGGUAGGUCUCCCUCUCCCCUCGUGCCUGUUCCUUUGAGGUUUACUCAUCUCAGCACUGAAGCAGGACACACAUUUUCCUCAUUGGCGCACAGAGUGUACCAUCCCAGGCCUGGGUGGCCCCGCAGAGGUCACCCUGUCUAACUCUUCAGACCCCUCCCCACCAGGGUGAUGGUUUCUUCUGGCCAGGGCCUGUCUCCAACGCCCUGGUUCCGGAACCUCCAUCCCCACCUCUCCCUUCUUCCUGCCCUCCCAAUCCCUGUGGCUGUCCCCUACCAUGCUUCUUCAGCAGGAGGAGGGAAGGGCCCGAGUCACUGAAGUUGUGUGACUUGGAAGACACGGCUCAGCUUAGUCAUUGUAAGAAAGAGAAGCAGUGUCUCUCCCUGGUGAGAUCUCUCACGCAUGGCCCCCUGGCACACCAGAACCUUCACACCCCUCGCUGCCCCUGGCUCAGAAGGUCUCCACACAGGAGCCCUGGGAAAGGAGCCCAUCCCAAGGAAAGACAGGUGUAGCUUGUUCCUGCCCCAUCCAUGGAUGGCUUUAGUCACUUUGCUCCUCUCCUGCCUCCCUCCCCUCCCCUGCCUCCCUCCCCUCCCCAAGCCCCGGGCCCAAGUCGCUUCUGGCUGUGACCCACCAGGGUCGCUGUGCAUGUCAAAAAUGUUGGGGGAAAGAUCCUGGUUCCCAAGCCUGUCUCAGGUUGGCAGAGAGCUCGGAGAGUCAUUCCCUCUUGCCUCUGCCCCACACACGUGCACAUCUCAGACCCAGGCACAAAGACACACACUCACCCAGGGAGGCGCAGGCAGAGGUACGCACACUUGCUUUGCCCUGUGUAACAAGUGCCUGGUUUUCCCAACCCUCACAGCUGGGACACUCUCCCUGGUAGCCAACUUCUACCCCUCCUAAGGCAACCAGAGCUGUGCGCCCUGUGGGCUCCUGAGCAGACCCGGAGAGGCCACUCUGCUGCAGGUUUCCCCAGGAUCAGCCGCUGGUUCCUUUUCUCAGCGCCUCCGAAGCGCAGCUCCACGGACAUUUCUUGGCAAAGGCAAGGUAGAUGGCCCCCCCAGGGCAGGCCCUGCGGACACCCCUCCGUCCUGCCUGCGGAUGCAGUGCCUAGCGGCUGUUCUUAAGGACGAAACCAACAUGAGUGGGGGAGGGGAGCAGGCCGACAUUCUGCCGGCCAACUACGUGGUCAAGGAUCGCUGGAAGGUGCUGAAAAAGAUCGGGGGCGGGGGCUUUGGCGAAAUCUACGAGGCCAUGGACCUGCUGACCAGGGAGAACGUGGCCCUCAAGGUGGAGUCUGCCCAGCAGCCCAAACAGGUCCUCAAGAUGGAGGUGGCUGUGCUCAAAAAGCUGCAAGGGAAGGACCACGUGUGCAGGUUCAUUGGCUGUGGCAGGAACGAGAAGUUUAACUACGUAGUGAUGCAGCUUCAGGGCCGGAACCUGGCCGACCUGCGCCGCAGCCAGCCGAGAGGCACCUUCACCCUGAGCACCACGCUGCGGCUGGGCAAGCAGAUCCUGGAGUCCAUCGAGGCCAUCCACUCCGUGGGCUUCCUGCACCGGGACAUCAAGCCGUCGAACUUUGCCAUGGGCAGGCUGCCCUCCACCUACAGGAAGUGCUACAUGCUGGACUUCGGGCUGGCCCGGCAGUACACCAACACCACGGGGGACGUCCGGCCCCCUCGGAAUGUGGCGGGGUUUCGGGGGACCGUGCGCUAUGCCUCAGUCAACGCGCACAAGAACCGGGAGAUGGGCCGCCACGACGACCUGUGGUCCCUCUUCUACAUGCUGGUGGAGUUUGCAGUGGGCCAGCUGCCCUGGCGGAAGAUCAAGGACAAGGAGCAGGUGGGGAUGAUCAAGGAGAAGUACGAGCACCGGAUGCUGCUCAAGCACAUGCCCUCCGAGUUCCACCUCUUCCUUGACCACAUCGCCAGCCUGGACUACUUCACCAAGCCCGACUACCAGUUGAUCAUGUCGGUGUUCGAGAACAGCAUGAAGGAGCGGGGCAUCGCUGAGAACGAGGCCUUUGACUGGGAGAAGGCAGGCACCGACGCCCUCCUCUCCACAAGCACCUCCACCCCGCCCCAGCAGAACACCCGGCAGACGGCCGCCAUGUUUGGGGUGGUCAACGUGACGCCAGUGCCUGGAGACCUGCUGCGGGAGAACACGGAGGAUGUGCUGCAGGGCGAGCACCUGAGUGACCAGGAGAAUGCACCCCCGAUCCUGCCGGGGAGGGCCCCUGAGGGGCUGGGCCCCAGCCCCCACCUUGUCCCCCACCCCGGGGGUCCUGAGGCUGAAGUCUGGGAGGAGACAGAUGUCAACCGGAACAAACUCCGGAUCAACAUUGGCAAAACCCCCUGUGUGGAGGAGGAGCAGAGCCGAGGUGUGGGGGUCCCCAGCUCCCCGGUGCGUGCCCCCCCAGAAUCCCCGACAACCCCAGUCCGCUCCCUGCGCUACCGGAGAGUCAACAGCCCCGAGUCAGAGCGACUGUCUACGGCGGAUGGCAGGGCGGAGCUACACGAGAGAAGGUCGCGGAUGGAUCUGCCCGGCUCGCCCUCGCGCCAGGCCUGCUCCUCGCAGCCGGCCCAGAUGCUGUCGGUGGACACGGGCCACGCCGACCGGCAGGCCAGCGGCCGCGUGGACGUGUCGGCCUCCGUGGAGCAGGAAGCUCUGAGCAACGCCUUCCGUUCAGUGCCGCUGGCUGAGGAGGAGGACUUCGACAGCAAGGAGUGGGUCAUCAUUGACAAGGAGACCGAGCUGAAGGACUUCCCGCCGGGCGCCGAGCCCAGCACGUCCGGCACCACGGACGAGGAGCCCGAGGAGCUGCGGCCCCUGCCGGAGGAGGGCGAGGAGCGGCGGCGGCCAGGGACAGAGUCCGCCGGCCGGCCCCGGGGACGCGGCGUGCAGACGCUGGCCGAGGAGGACCUGCGGCACGUGCCGCCCCAGCCCCCGCCGCCCCAGCUGAGCCAGGCCGAAGGCCGGUCGGAGACCUCACAGCCCCCCACGCCCGGCAGCCCUUCCCACUCGCCCCUGCACUCGGGACCCCGCCCUCGCCGGAGAGAGUCGGACCCCACAGGCCCUCAGAGACAGGUGUUCGUGGCGUCCACGUUCGAGGUGAACGGCCUCCCCCGAGCUGUGCCUCUGAGCCUGCCCUACCAGGAUUUCAAGAGAGACCUCUCCGACUACCGAGAACGGGCACGGUUGCUCAACAGGGUCCGGAGGGUGGGCUUCUCGCACAUGCUGCUCACCGCCCCCCAGGUCCCGCUGGCCCCUGUUCAGCCUCAGGCCAAUGGGGAGGAGGAAGAGGAAGAGGAGGAGGAGGAGGAAGAGGAAGAAGAGGAAGAAGAGGAGGAGGAGGAGGAAGAGGAAGAGGAGGAGGAGGAGGAAGAGGAGGAGGAAGAGGAAGAGGAGGAGGAAGAGGCGGUGGGCCUGGGGGAGGAGCUGGGGCCGCGCAGUGGCUCCAGCAGCGAAGGCAGCGAGAGGAGCACGGACCGCAGCCAGGAGGGUGCCCCGUCCACGCUGCUGGCCGACGAUCAGAGGGAGUCCAGAGGCCGGGCCUCCAUGGCUGACGGGGACCUGGAGCCAGAGGAGGGCUCCAAAACGCUGGUGCUUGUCUCCCCUGGUGACUUGAAGAAGUCGCCCGUCACAGCCGAGCUGGCCCCGGACCCUGACCUGGGCACCCUGGCUGCCCUCACGCCUCAGCACGAGCGGCCCCUGCCCACCGGCAGCCAGCUGGACGUGUCUGAGCCGGGCACUCUGUCCUCUGUCCUCAAGUCUGAGGCCAAGCCCCCUGGGCCCGGGGCAGGGCCUGGGGCUGGGACGGUGACUGUAGGGGCAGGGGGUGUGGCAGUCACCUCCUCACCCUUCACCAAAGUCGAGAGGACUUUCGUACACAUUGCAGAGAAAACCCACCUCAACGUCAUGUGCUCCGGCGGACAGAGCUCUCGGCCCGAGGAGUUCAGCGCUGGGGGGGAGCUGGGUGUGGAGGUGCCUGCGGGUGGGGGCGCUCUGGAGGAGGGGCCCCCAGUGCCCCUGGAGAAUGGCAUCGCCGGGCCAGGGCUGCACGGGACCGAGGUGCAGAGCUGCCUCCUGUCUGGCCCCCCUGGGGAAACCCGCUCAGAGGUGGCCACAGACUCACUGCCCAACGGCCCGGCCCCUGUCGAAGGGCCAGCUCCCGUGUCCCCGCUGGAGCCAGGCCCGGAGAGAGUGGCCACCGUCUCUCCCAGCCGCCACGCCGUGCCGGGCCCUCGCCCCAGGAGCCGAAUCCCUGUCCUGCUGUCUGAGGAGGACACGGGCUCGGAGCCCUCGGGCUCGCUGUCGGCCAAAGAGCGGUGGAGCAAGAGGGCCCGGCCGCAGCAGGACCUGGCGCGGCUGGUGAUGGAGAAGAGGCAGGGCCACCUGCUGCUGCGGCUGGCCUCAGGGGCCUCGUCCUCCUCCAGCGAGGAGCAGCGCCGUGCCUCCGAGACGCUCUCGGGUACGGGCUCCGAGGAGGACACGCCGGCCUCGGAGCCCACUGCCGCCCUGCCCAGGAAGGCUGGGCGGGCAGCUGCCACCCGGAGUCGGAUUCCCCGCCCCAUCAACAUCCGCAUGCCCGUGCCCGCCACAGCCCAGCAGACCCCCAGCAGACCCCACGGCGCGGCCCCAGCGUCUGACACAGCCAUCACCAGCAGGCUCCAGCUGCAGAAGCCCCCAGGGUCAACCGCUACUGCUGACAUCCGCCCCAAACAGCACCCCGCCGGCGGCGGCGGCCGCAGCCCCGGCCCAGGAAGAGCCCAGGCCGGCGCCAGGCCCUCAGCUCCCCGCAGCCCCGGCCUUCCCGCCUCCGCCCCGCGCCACCCCAGCGCGUCCCCUCGGAGCCAGUCCCUGUCCCGCAAAGAGAGCCCUUCCCCCUCGCACCAGGCCCGGCCCGGGGUCGCCCCGACCCGGGGCAUCCUGCAGGCCCGAGCCCAGCCUGACAGCACCCCCUCCCCGGGGGGCCCCAAGAAGGGACCCAGAGGGAAACUGCAGACUCAGCGCGCAACAACCAAAGGCCGGGCGGGGGUGGCGGAGGGCCGGGCCGGGGCCAGAUAAUGACGCCCGCGACCCUCGGCGGCCCCCUCGCCCCGGUCCCCACCCGCAGCCGGCCACACUGGAAGCGCUCCCAGCACAGCCUUACGCGCCCAACGUGCGCCACCCGCGGCCCCCGCUUCCCGCCCGCUCCGCGAGGACGCGCGCGCGCGCAGCCGCGCCGUGGGGAGGGGCCGCCUCCCGGCCUCGCCGCGCCCUCCGCCCCUCCGGCCGCCCCUCGGGCCGGGUAGGCUCAGCCGGCUCCCUCCGUCCCGCCCCGGGGAAGGCUCACUUCGCACCGCGGACGCCGCUGCACCCACCAGGCCUCGCUGCUCUCCACGCCCCCCACUUUCCCGGGACCUCUGCUUACACCCGCCGCGGCACCUUAGCCCCACCCCACCCCCCGCACCCUCUUCCAGCCAAAGCCCCCUCUUCCCAGAAAAGCAGCUUCCAACCGCGGAAGCAGAGGCUCCAACUCUGGGUCCCCGCGGUCCCUGGUGGUGGUGGUGGGGCUCUCUGGGGAGGUGGGGCCGGGGCCACGGGCCUACUCAGGUGUCAGGGGGCAGCUCUGACCCGCCCCGCAGCCAGCUCCAUCCUCGGCACACGGUGGGAGGUCGUGGGCAGGUGAUUAUUGAGGGAAAGGUGGUUAGGGGGAGAGAGCGUGCUUCCUUGCGCCGGGAGCUGGGGCCUCGGUGGAGCUGUGGGAGUGUGCGGGCUGCCUUCCUGCGCAGUGGGGAGUUGGACCAGGUCUUUCAGAAAGGUUUCACUCCCGCCCUUGGUCCCCAGAUCUAGUGCGCAGGGCCCUUCACCAUCAGGAAGUCCUUCCUGCCAUCUAACCUCGAUCCUGCGCACGCAGUUUCAGCCCAGUUCUCUCUCGCCUGAGUUCAGUGCGGGUGGGGAGUGGCUGGUUGUCAUUUUCUCUGCGGUGGCCCUUUGAAGAGUCUGGGACUGGGUUCUGCCUGGGUCCUCCCCUCGGUCCUGUCCCGUGGUGGGCACACGGAGCAGGAGCAGACAGACCGACCAACAGCAGAUUGUGUGCAGUGUGAUGGUGCCCAGCCCAAGCCCCCGGCCCCUCUUGCCCUAACCCCAGCCCAUGCGGGUGUGCAGCCCCGUGAGUGGAUGUGGGGCCUCCGCUCGGGUCCUGGCUCCCGUAGAGCGCACUGCACCUCAUCAGAGGCCCCAACUGCCGACAUCUGGGGCAAGCGGCGCACUGGCUGCAGAAGGGACAGCCGGCCCUGUCUCAGUGGGACAGGCCUCCUCCACCCUCAGCCUCUGGCCCCUGUGUCCUUUCCUGAGCCACAGAGAGCAGCCACGACACCCAGAGGAAGAGGAGGACAGGUCCCCGCUUGCCACCCAGAGGAUGCCUGCAGAGACGAGCCGGGGAACAGGCUGGUGGUGCCGGCUGCGCCCCUCACGGAGAUCAGCAGGCUUGGGCAGCUGCGGAGCGGCUCAGGGGCCCGGCCCACGCUGACGCGGAACACUCAGGAAACCUCUCUGGCCACAGCCCUCCUUGUCAACCCGAGGCCCUCCCAAGGCCCGCUACUGCCCUCUGGGUCCAGCAGAGGGGGCAGAGGGGGACCACUCGCUCUCCCCUGGAGCUCCUCUGAAUGACAAUCAGCUCAUGCCAGGCGGGGACCAGGCAUGGCCCCUGGCGCCCAGGCCCUGGGCCUGUUCCUUGCCACCAACCGAACCGUGAAUGUAGGGCCGCCAGCCUCAUCUCUGCCCCAGGACCUACAACGGCCGGGGUUGGAGCUGGGAGGAAGAGGAGGGUCCGAGAGAGCUCCCGACCCACCUCCCCUCCAGCCUCACCCAGCACCGGAGCUGGCAGAGAUGCAAAACCCAGUCUGUCCUUGGGAUUCCGGAACUCCCCAGGGUCUCCCAACCGACCUCAGGCCUCUGAGUCAUUGAAUGUCACCAGGGAGGGGAGGGGAGAGGGGCAGGGGUACAGUGUGUGUUGGGCGAAGCGGCUAAGGGGGCAGACUCUGCUCCUCUCCCCAGGAUGACCCAGGGCAGAGGACACAUCCCUCCCAGCGCCACCUCCAGCUGCAGCCUUGUCCUCCUCGUGCACCUCCAGGUCUUGAGCCCCUCCUCUCUGAGUGGCACCCCCACGUGCGCGCGCGCACACACACACACACACACACACACACACGCCUCGUGUACUGCCCAGCUCUCCCCCAUCACACCGCCUAUGUCACUGGCUCAGACGCAGGGGCCGCGCACCCCCACCAAGCCUCCCUUGCCCCAGCUCCACCAUGCACGAAGGGGGUGCUGGAGAGGAGCUGUGCCCCCCACCCCCGGCAAGGGGCUCCCCCUUCCCAGCUCUUCGCAGCGGGGGUGGGGGUGGGGUGGGGGGCUGGCUUGCUCAGUCUUCUCAGCUCCGGGGACCAGCGGGGGAGGGGGCGGGGGGAAGCCACUGCAGAAUGUUUACAUGCCAAACAGAAUGUAACAGCCCUCCCCCAGCCCGCCCAGUCACUGCAUGGCCUCUGCCCAUCCCGCGCCUGUCCACCCCCACCUCCACCCCCACCCCUGGAAGCCGCCUUCGUGAUUAGAUCGGGUCUUGGAAGGGAAGUAGCCAUCACAUCAUUAAAAGCCUGUGGACCUUC